CUAAGCAUUUUAAGAAGAAUAUAUAGUCGUUUCUUCUUUCUUCUUCUCAUCUUAAAUUUAGUUUCUUCCUAAUUCACUGUAUCUUAUAUUUAAAUUUUCAACAAAUCAACUAUAGUCAAAAUUUCAAGAAGAAUAAUUUUGUUCAUUUCUGUUCAAUUUUACUUCAGAAUUUCUGUCACCAAUUAAUUAUAUAAGGACCUAUUAGACCUCAACCAGAUUCAUCAACCUCAAGACAUAGAAAAGAAAUAUUCACUACACUUCAGAAAAAUAAUAUGGCCAAGAUUAGAUCACUAGAUGUUGUUGGUACCAUCGCAAUAAUUUUGUUGUUGGUCAUUGCAGAACAAGCAAACGCAAUCACUGUUGACGCUGAUUGUAUUGGACCGUGCACUAGCAAUUGUCAACAGCUUUGCAUAUCAAAAGGUUAUAAAGAUUGGACUUGUGCAUCUUUUAGAACCAAAGUGAGUUGUUGCUGCAAACCACGAAAGCAACAAAUCUUUGAACAACCUGCUUUAUUGAACAACUAAACCGUUUUUAGUAUCGUAUUGUAUAAUGUGUAUGGUCAUUAAAUAAUAAUCUCAAAUAUAAA